AUGUCUACCCCGAACAUCGCUCAAGUCCUAGAUUUCCCUGAGCUUUUUGAUCUCCAGUCCAACCGCUUUGGGGACGAUCUCAGCUCCCCAGAGUCCAACAUGCUUUCGCCCCAGAUCAACACUUCGUUCUUCAGCCCGAUGGGUGAGGUGGCCCCUCCGGGCACCGUCUCGCCGAAGGACCUGUUCUUCGACGCUUCGGCUCCCCCAUCGACGACUUUCACUGAUCUCAGCACUCCCCCGCUGGAUACGCCUGGCUUCUUCAGUCAGAACACAUCUCCCAGAUCAAUACCGAGAGGAUCUGAACGCUGUGCCCGAGGAGUGGGAGAGUCUGUUCCCUCAGGAUGGGUUUUCCCUGGACCUGGAUUCGGCUGCCCUUGAGCUUGCUGCUUCGCUUCAACAGCCCAAGGCAACCGGACCCCCUCCGACUUCAGUGAUCCGUGCCAGCGCCUCGCCCGCGCCGUCUGCGUCUCCUGCCCCAUCCCGUCAGGGCACCAAGCACUCCACAGUGGCCGGUGUCAAUGCUCGCCAGCGCAAGCCGUUGCCUCCAAUCAAGUUUGACUCUGCCGACCCCGCCGCAAUGAAGAGGGCUCGCAAUACCGAGGCUGCUCGCAAAUCUCGCGCUCGCAAGCUUGAGCGUCAAGGCGAGAUGGAGCGCCGUAUUGAGGAGCUCGAGCGGAUGCUUGAAGAGUCCAAGCAACGCGAGGAGUACUGGCGAAGCAUGGCCAAGACUGGCACUAACUGA